GGAAGUGUGUGUUCUGUACCAAUCACGAUGUCGAAUGAAUUCGUGGAAGGGGAUAUUAAGACGCUGGUCCGCUCAACAGUCUCAUCAGAUAAAAGGUACCGACGAUGGCCAGAGGGUCUGAAGUGUGAAUUGCAAGAGCUCAUUCCAAAGAAGGCUGAGGGGAUGCGGGUAUUACAUCACCAAUGUAUGUGCUACUGUAGCUUACUAGCAUGCAGGUUCUGCUGGGCUGUAUGCCAACUGGACAUUCUGAAACGACUAAAGCCUAAUGGUCCCACCUUCAAGGCGGCCCUUUCGAACCUCCCAAAGACUCUUUAUGAAACGUGCGAGCGUGUUCUUCUCGCAAUACCCGAGGAUGGUUGGCUGUCGGUGCAGCAAGUUUUCAACUGGCUCAUGUACCACAAUGACCUAUUCGGAACCAACAUUGCUCUCGGCACACUAGUCCAAGCUGUCCAGCAAAUUACCUUGGAUCCUUUUCCCCAAUACAUCAAUCUAUGGUACGAUUUUGAAAGCUUGCGUGAGUGUUGUGGUUGCCUUAUCAUGGUUGGGCAAGAAGAAACGCGUAGCGAAGGGUACCAGCGGAAUACGGUCGCUUUUGCACACUAUACUGUCAAAGAGUACCUAGAGUCGCCUCCCAUCCGUCAAAAGAAAGUUGGAUUCUUUGCUCUUGGGCAGGAAAGAUUACGAGACAAGUUCGCGGAGAUCGCACUCCGUCAAGCAUUGGCUAUAACAGACUACUGGAAAGCUUCGAAUUUUGACCACAGUGAUCCUGGAUGCAGAUUUCAAGCUGUAUUGUGGCGUUUCUUCUGCGCUGCAGCUCAGCCUCUGGCCCGAGUCUAUCUCUUCGGAUCCGAAUUUGAUGGAGCUCAGUGAAGAACUCGUCAGCCCUUAUAAGUCGAACUAUGGGAUCCUUUGUGAUCUGCUUUCCAUGGCAGACCUGCAAUCUUUGCUGAGUUGUAUGUUAAAUACCAGUUCUGGGACAUUUCCUACAAGCAAACACCGGAACCCCACGCCGCGGUUUUCUUGAACUUGCUUACUGCAGCAGGCGGUUGUAAUGAACCUCACCUUGCGGUCGCCUUCGCAAGGAGACAUUCCACGCUAGCAG